UUUAGUUACACCCACUGAUAAUGGAACAAGUUACUAAAAAUCGAACGCGCCGAUAAAAACAUUCUGAGAUCAAGAAAAGCAUGGAUUUAGAAUGGCACCCUCCCUCUGAGGCAGAGAUGAAGAUCCUAGAGGCUCGUCGCGAGAGGUCGGACAGAAUCAGUAAGCUGAUGGGGGAUUAUCUACUGAAGGGCUAUAAGAUGUUGGGCAGUGUCUGUCAGAUUUGUGACACUAUAUUGUUAGAAGAUAGAGAAGGGGUGAACUACUGCAUAGCUUGCAGUGAAUUAGACACCGACACUGAUAAGGAUGAUCCAGUUGUUAGUUCAACAGCAGCCAAAUCUUUGACAGAGGAGAGACAAAUCCCUACCCAAAUAAGAUAUGCUGCAGAGUCCAGUGGUAGAAAUCAAAUCGCCCACGUAUCACAAUCUGUACCGCACUCCAAAAAAUCUAGACCGGAUUUGUAUGAGACAAGUUCCCAGAAUCCCGUGAAAUCAACAGGCGGAUCGGAGAGUUUGGAGCCUUGGCAAAGUUCAGCUGUGAACAGUCUGUGUGAAAAAAUUCAAUGGGCGAGUGAGGAAUUAAAACAUUCUAACAGCGUAGAUUACAGUAUCCAGUUGUGUCAACUCAUUAAGGGGAGCGCGGACGCUCUGCAGAGCUUAAAAUCCUUACAAUGAUUAAAUUACAUUGUCUUCAUGAAAUUGAAAUAGUCUAUAUGGAAUGCGGCUUGUGUUUUUGAUUUUAUAAUAUAUAGAUAAAUACCAACCCAUUAUUUCACCAAAAGGAAUAGAA